AUCAGCUAUAAUCAACCUAAACCAAACAGAACUUUUGGAUGCCGCUCACUUUCAUAUAAAAAUUACGCAUGUCUUUCAGUGUUUAAUACUUUUUACAGGUAAACGUGUGGCCGAUCAAACAGCCUCCACAAGAAUAAAAAAUUUGAGGGAUACGAUGGCAAAGAAGAAGACUCAUCUGACAAAGUAUAGGGAGCGACGCCAAUACAAAGCCAGGCAGGGAACAUCAUCCACUGCGAGGGUGAUUGCAAAACGAUUACGGCAAAUUUCCCCGCUGAAGGCAACAAACACGCCGUCUAAGACGUUCGUAUACCAACAUGAACACUUAGCUAUCAAAUCGCCUUCCACAAAGAAAUUUAAAUCUGCAAGAACAUUGUUUUCGCCCACCAAGAAAUCGCCUUCCACAAAGAAAUUUAAAUCUGCAAGAACUUUGUUUUCGCCCACCAAGAAAGCAAUACCACACUGCCAACAAACGCUUAAUAUACCGACAGAUUAUGAUGAAACGACAGAUUAUAAUGAAACGAAGGCGAUGCUGGAACUUACAAAAGCACAGCUUACAUGUGUUACAGAAGACUGCAUGUCAAAUGAAGAGAAUAAUGACACUGAAUCCAAACUACGCAGCCUUAUUCCAACAGUGGCAAAAGAACUAUCUCAAAUGGAAGGUCAUGAGAAAAAUCUAUUAAACUUUUUUGAACUUGUUGCUAAUAAGCAAUUUCCUCUUGACAAUAUUGCGUAUCUACUAUGGAUUGACGUUGUUAAAUGGUACUCAAACUCGUCUACCACUCAAAUGAGAUACGGUAAAACAGUACAAAGACGCGUCGAUUCCAUAUUCACCUGAAAAUUUCGGUUUGAUAUUUGAAAACACAUUUUGUUCAUUAUUCAUUUACGCGUUUGCAUGCUAAUAUUACAUGAAAAGUUGUAGCAACACAUAGCAAGAGGAAUCAACAACUAUGCGUGACAUUUCAAUGUUGCCAUACUUUACGUCUUAUACGUAUGCCUAAAUACCCACCCAUUUACACAAAUACACACUCGCAUAUAAAGCUGCAACCUGUGUGAUUACCGUGACGUACAUGAGCUCAUCAAAGAUAAGUAUCAAAUGAAGAUUCCUGUUUUCCUAUUAACGGGAACCCUUUGUGAUCAUCUCAAAAGCGGGACCCAUUUAGAUCAUACACAAUUUUGGUUCAUAAAACUGUUUAAGACAAGUUUUAGAUGUCUUCUUUAUACAAGACCGCUGUAUAAACAUCAAACGAAUACUCGGUUACAGAUUUUAAAUAUAAAUAUGUUUCUUUUUGUAUGCGGGAGAGUUAUUCAAUAAGUGAAACCCAGCAAAGAUCACAAAUUACAUGGCGAACAGCUCCCGCUUAGAAAUUUGUUACCUGGUAAACUCGAGAUUUAGAGCGAAUUUUACUACGAAAUAAACGCUAAUCACUUUCUUGCUGAUAUGGCUGGAAACAGAGCGGCAUUUAAUAAUUAAAUACAAGUAAUAAAGGGUAUAAAACGGCGAAAAAUACCUGUUUCGGCAUUGACGUCGCCAUCUUGAUUGCC